CACAUUCUCCAGGGCAGGGCCUUGGAGGUGGGGCAGUCCAGUCGGGUAGCCCUUUGCUCUGCCCCUCUGUCCCCGGGCUCGGAGACAUGGGUGACGGGCCAAGGAGCUGGGCAGGUAGGCUCCGUGCUGCUUCUAUCUCCCUGCUCCUUACUCCUCAGAUGGCCGCACGCCGCUGCCUCUUCCUGCUGCUCCUGUCCACGUGUGUGGCACUGUUGCUGCAGCCACCCCUGGGUGCCCGGGGGGCCCCACUGGAGCCAGUGUACCCCGGGGAUGACGCCACGCCAGAGCAGAUGGCCCAGUACGCGGCUGAGCUCCGCAGAUACAUCAACAUGCUGACCAGGCCCAGGUACGGGAAAAGGGACGAAGAAGACCUACUGGACUUGAAGUGCAGCUCCUUACAUGCAGCUGCCCCAAGGGAGCUCAGCCCAAUGGGUGCGUAAUGCCACCUCCUGCUUCUUUGACUCCAAGGGCCAUGCAGGCCCAGCUUUCCCGUCCACACCCUCGGCUCUGGCCAAGCUUGCUCCCUGCUCCCAAACAGGCUAAAUAAAGCAAGUCAAGACCACAGCCUCCCUCUCUCUGUGUGAUUCUGGGGACCCCUGGUCGGGGGCAGGAGCAGGCCAGAUGCACAGGAAGAAAAGGCGGACGGCAGGGAGGAGGGGGAGGGAGAGGAGGGGCUACUCAU